UACGAAACCUACUUCAUAGGACAUAGCUAUAAAAUAAUAAAGUGCUCGAUCAUUUCUGCAACACAACUCAGGAUAUCCAACAACACUUGCAAUAACCUUGAUUUUUGGUGAUCAUUUCUGCAAUCUAUACACAACUCAUAACAUGGGUGUCACAACUUUCACACAUGAUUUUUCCACCCCUGUUGCUCCAUCACGCAUGUUUAAGGCCUUGAUCACAGACUCCAGAGCUUUGCUUCCAAAGCUCUUGCCACAGUUUAUAAAAGAUGUCACCUUAAUCCAAGGAAAUGGAGAAGCUGGAAGCAUUGAGCAAAUUAACUUUGCUGAAGGCUCCCCCUUCAAAUAUUUGAAACACAGAAUUGAGAUGGUUGAUAACAAUAACUUGCUGUGCAACUACACUAUGAUUGAAGGGGAUCCAUUGGGAGACAAGCUUGAGUCUAUAGCUUAUGAGGUUAAGUUUGAGGCCACUAGUGAUGGAGGUUCCCACUGUGAAAUGACAAGCAAAUACAAUACCAUUGGGGGGUAUGAAGUCAGAGAGGAAGAGAUAAAGGAAGGAAAUGAAAGCUCCAUUGGAAUCUGUAAAGUUGUGGAAAAGUACCUGCUGGAGAAUCCACAAGUCUAUGCUUAAUUAUUCAUUUGUUUUUGUCAAGUGUGCUGAUUUUUUUAUUAAAGAUGAAAUACAAAUUUUAUUCAAUUUUUGAAUAACAGUGUGACCCCAAAUUCAGGGGCACUUGGAAUGUAAAAAGUAUUGAAUUCAUUAAUAAGUCCUUAGCCUUCAAGGACAUAUAUACUUUAUGUGGUUUGCUAAAAUAUUUGUACUCUUGUAUAUUGUAUAAGUAAGAGUUGGAGAUUCAUAGCUGUAUUGGAGAGUGAAGCCAUGCUUAAUAUAAUUUUGUUAUGCUUCACAGCUGGUUUGGACAUUGAAGUGUGGACCACCAAUGAUAAGUUGAUAACUUUGUCUGCA